UGUGACUAAUUCAAGAUGGCGGCUGUCAGUGGUGGUUUCGAAGGACUGUUUGUGUCCAAAACUGUAUUGUUUAUAAAUUCGUUACCUUAGUACUUAAUAAAUGGAAUGGACGAAGAGCAUAAGGAACUGUUAAAAUUUCAUAGAACUCGUUUUUUACAAUGCGUUGACAUCGAUCGUUUAAUACCUUUGCUACAAACCAGUGGAGUGUUAACUAAUGAUGACGUGACCGAUCUCAGAAAAUUUAACAGUUCUGAAGCCAAGGCAGAAAAACUUUUAGAUUUACUGCCUUCAAAAGGCUCUCAUGCUUUCCAGGCGUUCUGUUUAGCUCUAGAAAACACAUACCCACAUUUACUUACAGUUAUGUUCUUGAGUGGUAACAAAAAAAUGAGUGGAAUGAAUGAUGAUAUUUUGAGGAACAGUCCAUCAUCUGCACCUCAGUCACUGUGCACUCAUCAAGAUGUUGAUCUCUCUCAAAGUAUUUUAAAAUCUGAAUUACAUGUUGUAAAUAGUGACAGAGAUGGAUGGCGGCGCUCUCAUUCAAAGGGAGAUAGAGAUAACUCUUAUCGGAGGCUUACAACUAGCGGUGACAGCAUGAUUUCUUCUUUAAGUACAUUAAGCAAAAAUCAUGGUGUGAGUACCAGUGAUCAUUCAUUAAACUCAAAUCGAGAGUAUGAAACGGUUCAUCAGUCAAAUGAUUCCCACCACAGAUACACAACUAAUGAUUUUUUACACAAACCAGAAUCAUCCCUAAUAGAUUCUGAUUUUUAUCAUGUGAAGCAAAAAUCUGCAAUUUUAAAACUUGAUGAUCAGCGCCAUGAAACUAUUAUAUUGAAAAAGCAAUACAAUGAGCUGUUAGCAGAUAAACAUCGUUUAGAGCAAGAAAUUGAAAGAUUGAAAAGAUUUAGAGAAGAAGACCGCAAAGAAGUGAAUGAAUUGCAGAGGCAACAGGAGAUGCUGACCGAGAAUGGAGGUGAAGCUGCCCACCAACUGUACUUAAGUGUUGUUCGCAAAUGCGAGGCACUAAAGGAGGAAUAUGAUAAUCUCCAUAAGCGGUAUGCAGAUCUUAUGACCUCUCAUAAUACGACAGUAUCGAAACUUGAAGUCACACAGGAAGAGUUGAGUUGCUGGAGGAAGCGUUACGAAGAUCUUGCUCAUGAAAGGAAUGCAGCAUUGCACGAACGGAACGGCUUGCAACAACAGUGUACAGCCGCUAUCCGUCAGUGGGAUAAUGCAUUGCGGGAACGAAACGAAGCUAGGGAACAACUUGCUAAGGUACAACAACAACGUGAUGAAGCUAUGAAAGAAAUCAACCAAGCAAUGGCAAUAAGGAUAAAAGCUACUAAAGACAUUGCUAGACUGACUGAGGAAAGGAAUGCUGCUGUUCAAGAAUAUUCCCUUAUUAUGUCGGAAAGAGAUACUGUUCACAAGGAAAUGGAAAGGAUGCAAGAGGAACUGAAUGAAGCUCAAAAAGUCAUUAAGUCAUCUGAAGGGACAAACAAAGCUACUGCAGAGGAGGUCGAGACUUUGAGACGUGAAAUAACAUCAGCUCUUCAAGAUAGAGAUAGGGCUCUAAAGGAAUGCAAUGAUUUACGUGAAAAGUAUGGCGAUUAUGUCACUGGCCGAGAAGAUGGUCAACGGGAUAAAGAUUGGAGGAAAAGUGAUCCACCAUGGGAGAAGAUGGGUAGAGAUAAUUCUCGAAAAGAAAGGGAAAAUCAGUGGGACAAUUCUUGCGAGAACAUGAUAAAAACUCAUGGUCAGUGGCUUGAUGACUUGGACCAAGCAAAUGGAGAAGUAGAAAGUUUACGCCGGCAGGUUGAAAAACUUCAAGCAGAGUUGGUUGAAGCCCAACAAGAAGCUGAAGUUUGUAAGCGUAGGCGAGAUUGGGCCUUCAGUGAGAGAGAUAAGAUCGUUUUGGAACGAGAAAGCAUUCGAUCUUUAUGUGAUAAAUUAAGAAAAGAAAGAGACAGAGCUGUCAGUGAUUUAGCUGAGGCCUUGAGAGACUCAGAUGAUGUUAAGAGACAGAAAAAUGAGGCCUCUAAAGAACUAAAAGAGCUAAGGCAAAAAAUUGAAGCCCAACUUGAAAAAGAAUCGCGAAUGAAGCAACUGAACUCUGUUGGUAAUAAUCACAGUAGAGAUUCUGCAAUUGAUGCAGAUAUGCAGGAAUGGGAUACUGAAAAUGUGGAGGUACCUCUUAAAUUUUCUUCGGAGGAUGACCUUGGUCUGGAAUUUGGUGGAGGAAAAGGUGAUAACCAGCCUGGCUGUGAUAAUGUUUACAUCCGAAGUAUUGCCAAAGGAAGUCGUGCAGAAGGAAAGUUAAAAGUUAAUGACUGUAUAGUAAAAAUUAAUAAUAUUGAUGUUUCAAAUAUGGAUAGAAAAAAUGUCAUUGAAGCAAUACAAAAUUGCAGUGGGAAUGUUACAAUGGUUGUGAAGAGAAGGCGCAUGACAAAUAGCCGAGGUGUUAGUAACAUAAUUUUGAAUGUACAGGGUGGUAAACAUCAUGGUCUUGUGAUUGAAAAUGGUUUUUAUAUCAGCAAGAUUUCGCCUGGAUCGGUUGCAGCUCGUGAAGGCUCAAUUGCUGUUGGAGAUAGAGUGUUAUCUAUAAAUGGAAAAUCUAUAGAAAAUGUAAAAAAUGCAGUAGACAUACUUGAAAGGGCAAAUUCUUCAUUAACUUUACAAGUUUCCAAAUGUAUGCCUUGUCCCAGUUCUCCACCUGGUUCAGUUUCAAAUUACCCUAAUUCAGAAUUAAGAGUUGAAAAGAAAAAAGGAUCCAGCUCUGGAAAUCAUGGAAGAGAAAGCACUUCAUCAUCCCCUGAUAAAGAUUCGGUUCAUGUUUCUCCAAAAAAGCCUUCAUUGUAUGAACAUGAUAAUGAGAAAUCAUUGAAAGCCAACAGUGUUUCAGUUGAACAUUCUGUAAAAUCUCCUGAUACUUCUCCAUUAUCCCCGAUCACCAGAAGACGGAAAGCUGCCUCUGAUGAUAAAACUCGCUAUCCAUCAUCUCAGCCCACCCUUUUAGAUCGAGCUUACAACAAAAUAUUUGGUGAAAAGCGCACAUCUAAAGACAAAAAGAAUUCCCCCAAUGCCCAUUCUCCUCUUCUUGGUCAUGAUGAAGAAGAUCCUAUUGCUGAACUUGAUUCAGUUAUUGAAAUACACAGCAAAAUGCUGAGCAAGUCUAGCAAAGAAAAUUCAAGGAAGCCAGAGAAAAAUGGUGGAACUUGGCCGAAAUACAAAGGUCCAUUAAUUCAGUACAACGAAGUUGGAACUGUUGCUCGUUACCCUAGUCGUAAGAAAUCCGAGAGAAAAUCUCUUGCUACUGUAAACAAACAAUUCAGUCUUUAUGACCCAGCCGCCCAUAGUGCUUCAAAGCAAAGCUCAGAAUCUCACAAGAAUCGCUUAUUAGAUGACUGCAGUGAUAAUGAAAAUAAUAGUCGUCUUUCUGUGACAAUGAACAGUGACAGGAUUUCAGUGUUUGUGGAUUGUCAGCAUACGCACCAGUCUAUGAAUUGUUCAAAAAAAUCUAGUAUUCCUAUUAUUUCACCAAGUGCUAGCACUACACAAACUUCUAGCUCAGGGUCUUCAUAUGCCUCUCCAGAAAUUAGUAGUCCUCACAAAACAAACUUGUCGGGUCGCAGUAAUGAACAAUUAACAGACAUUCGACCACCAUCUUACAAUGGUACCUCUAGCCCUGGCUCCUUACUAGACUAUUCGGUUGUGUCAGCAUAUCCCAACAAGGAUGUACUGGAAUUUUACAAAAAUAGAAAUCGCACACGCCCACGAUCUGCAUUGUUUGGAAUUUCUGAUUCCGACUGUCUGAGCUCUCUUGAAUCAAAUGCUUCAAGCCAGUGUGGUAAAAAUCUCAUGAGCAUGGAGAGGACUUCUUUUAAUCACUCAGAUGGCAUACCAUUAUCAUUUUCUCCGCCAGACAGGCCAAUAAGUGCUCAUUCUGGACAUAUGUAUCCUGUUACAGUUCCUACAAGUCUCACUGCUUCUGUUAUUAGCCCUAACCUGCUGCGUAGCAGCACUCCUUUCUAUACUCUCAGUACUGAUCAGAGAGGCAUGACACAUUCGCAUCAUUCUCAUAAUCAUACCACUGGUAACCAUGGAAAUACUGUUGUUGUUUCACCUUUGCCCCCAGCUUCUCGUUACUCAUCUCCACCUGGACUUUCUGUUUACACUUCUAGGAGUGGCGAUUCAUUACUUAGUGUGUCUGUAACAGAAUCUAUGCUUGUUGAUGGCCGUUCCUUUCACACUCAUACUGAUAGUGGUCGUUAUUCCCUUAAAGAUAGUGGAAGACACAGCUUCUCUCCUUCUCCAUCACCAUGCCCAUCUCAUUAUAGUUACUCUAAUCCAUCCCCAACUCAAAGUAUAGAUUUACAUUACCACCAUGGGUCAUCCUGCCAAACUCCUAAACGAGUUGUACCUGCUCAUUCACACGUCCACCCUGUUUAUAGAGAUGAUAAUUACAGUCCAUCAGUAACAGAUGGAUUACUCACUUAUCCUAAAAGAAAUCAGCGAAUCCGUAUUCCGUCAAAUCCAAGUGUUACCUCCAAGUCUUCUGCUGGCAAAGUUUCUAGCAGCUCAAUUGAAAAAGCUUCUUCUGUUUCUGAACGAAGUAGUCCACUGCCAAAUUACACUGUCGAAUGGCAAAACACUGAUGGAUCUCAGUCCUUAAAUGACUAUAGAGGUAGAAUUCCCAAACCUGGUGAUUUACGAAACAUUUGCAUCGAGAAGAGUACAGAACCUUUGGGUAUUCAAAUCAGUUGUGGUGAAGGGGGAGGGAUAUUUGUAUCUUCUGUCACUCCAAAUAGUCUUGCUGCUCAAGCCGGCCUCCAAGUUGGUGAUCAUCUGCUUGAGGUAUGUGGUAUAAACAUGCGUAGUGCUACCUAUGGAUUAGCUGCUAAUGUCCUUAGACAGUGCACAGAUAGCAUAACAAUGCUUGUACAGUAUAAUCCUGAAAAAUUCAGAGAACUUGUGCCUGAUAAUGGAGAUUCAAGUGAUGGCCUUCAAUCCCCUUGUGACACACCUGUUUUGUCACAUAAGUUAAAUCAUUCAAAAUCGGUCGAUGCCUCUACUGAUGAUAUAGGAAGCACUCCUAGUUCUGCUGCAUCAACUCUUACUAAAAAGAAAGCUGCUCAUAGUUUAACUGCCGAUAAAAGAUCAAAAUCAUCAAAGAAUACCAACUCCUCAGAACCAAGGCUGGUAAUUUUGAAAAAAUCUACUUCUAACUUAGGUAUUAGUCUCCUAGGAGGGAAUGCUGUUGGUAUCUUUGUUCACUCACAGCAGGAAGAUUCACCAGCACAAGGUCCAAAUGGUUUACGAACUGGAGAUCAGAUUUUAGAGUAUAAUGGAGUUGAUUUAAGGCAUGCUACUGCUGAAGAAGCAGCUUAUGAAUUAGCCAAACCUGCUGAUACAGUAAAAAUAUUAGCUCUUCACAAUUAUGAAAGAUACCAAGAAAUUCAGGAUCAGCCAGGUGACUCAUUCUACAUAAGAGCAAUGUUUGACAGAAUGAGCAUAAAUGGAUCCUUAGCAUUCCAAAAAGAUGAUAUUUUGUAUGUUGAUAACACCAUGUAUAAUGGUGUUCCAGGACUGUGGCAAGCUUGGCUUGUGGAUGAAGAAGGAGAAAAAAUAAAGUGUGGCUUUAUACCAAGCAAGUACAAAGCGGAGGAAGAGCUUAUGAUGAAAAGGAGUUUAGGGGAUCUUGAAGGAACUGAUGGAGGUCGGAGAGGUUCAACAGCUGCUCGACGAAGCUUUUUCAGACGGAAGCGCCACCACCGAAGUAACUCAAGGGAUAGUAAAGAAUUAGCUUCUUUCUCUGAUGUAUCCAUUAAUAGUUGCAGUGAUUCAGGAAUUCUUGGGGAGGAACUGGUGCCCCUGACUUACCAAAGAGUUGAAAAGCGACAUUAUGAGUCUUUGCGUCCAGUUAUUAUUGUGGGGCCUUUAAUGGAAGCUGUAGUUGACCAAUUGGAGCAAGAUUUUCCUCAUGUUUUCCAGCGGUGCAUUCCAGAAAAAAUGAAAGGAUCUCUCUCGAUGAUGGAAAGAGGCCUUCAAGAGUUGAAGUUUGUUGAUUUCCGUCGUCGUGGUAACCAUUUUGAAUGCACCACAGUCUCUGCUAUUAAACAACUCUGUGAUAAAAAUUGUCAUGCUCUCUUGGAUUGUAGUCUUUCAGCAGUUGAGCGUUUAAAUCAGUGCAUGAUCUAUCCUAUAGUCAUAUUUUUAAAGUAUAAAUCUACAAAGCAAAUAAGGGAAGUUAAAGAUUCACGUUAUUUGACUGAAAAAGUUACCACAAAAGCUGCAAAAGAAAUGUUUGAGCAUGCCUUGAAGAUUGAAAGUGAAUACAAGCAACUAAUUAAUGCUGUAAUACCUGGCUCCAAUCUGGCCUAUAUGUGUACGCAAGUGAAAUCAUGUGUCGAAGAGGAACAAAGUAAAGCUUUAUGGGUGCCUAGUGGUUCACUAUAACAAUAUGUUAUGAUAUUGUAAGAAAUUUGCAGUUAAUGUGAAUUUUUCGUGAUAUUAAACUCAAAUAUCUUCUAAUUGCUCAUAUGCAUGGUUUUGCAUGGAAAAAUUGCUGACAUGCAUGAGACUAUAAUAUAUGCUGUUAAUUGUACAGAGAUAGAUUGGGUUAUUUUACAUACCCAUCUGUUGUUGGGUACUUUAUAAAAGAGUGAUUUUAAUGUAUUAUUAUAAAAUAUUUACUUUGUUGAAAGAUAUAUUGGGUCGAAUGCUAUGUAACUAUCAUGCUCAUUCUAAACAUUUUAAUAAUAAUAAUAAUAAAUAAUAUUUAAAAGUAGGUUUUUAAGAAUAAUAAUUUUUAAUAAGUAUAGAAUUAUAAAAAAUAAAGACAAAUGUCUUGCCCAUUAAAUAGUUUCAUAUUGUGGGUUUUUUUACCUUUUUUUGGCAGCUUUUACUCGGUGUAUCAACUGCUGAAUUUUAGGCAGCUCUGUUUUAUGAUUAUAUUUUAUAGAAAAAUCAUAUACCAUCCAUGCGUGGAUCCUGCUAUCAUUUAACAUAUUCUUUCAAUUAUAUUAGUGAUAGUUAAAUCCGCCCAUCCAUUUUCCCAUAAUUUUUUUUUCUAAUUGUGGUCGUGCAUGUAAAAAAAAAUUCUUUUUUUAAAUCAUAGAUCAUGCAGUGAUUUUUAUGAGGUGCUGAUCAACAAAAUCCUGCGAUAGUUUUAAUCAAUAUGUUUUGCAGUAUUGUUUAUAAAUAGGAACUUUGGAUGCAUGUAUAAUACUGUUUCAUUAUGUCUUCCAAGUUGUUUAUUCUUCAUGUCAAAUAUAAGCCAAUGUCAUAAACAUACUUUUUUUAUUAUUAUUUAACUUAAAUUUUUCAUUUCCAUCCGAAACAAAUAUCACCUUUGAUGUGAUUGAAGAACAAUAAUAUGAAAUUGUGAUGAUAUUCUGCUUUGUUCUGGAGACUUAAAAGUUGUGCUGUGUUGAAACAAUUGAUUAAAUAAAUCAGAAAAUGUUUCAUAUUUCAUAUGUUUCAUGAACAGGAUUAAGAUAUAAAGUAUUUUGGGAACUAUCAAAAAAGCUAUCUUUUUGUAUAGAUUAUAAAAGAAAUGUGAACUUCUUGACAUGAAGAAUUUUACACUUGUAAGAUUUUUUAUAAGUAAUUUUAAACUUUGGUUUUGCUUGCCUUUUCUUUAAUAUCCAUACAGUAGAUUAUAAAUAAUUCACACCAAAUGAUGUAUGAAUGCAUCUAAAUUAUUGACUUAUAUAACUAUUUGGAUUGUAUCAUAAACCGAACGUCAGGAUCUCAUUUUUGCAUGCCAUACAGUUCUUGGAAAAAUUUAAAGUAAUAGGGAUAGAAUAAUCUGAGAAUGCCUGUUGUACUAUUAUGUAAAUAAUAAUGAUAAAAUGUGCUUAACAUAAAAAAAAACAAUUAGAUUUUUUUAAAAUUGAAAUUUGUUUUGGGAUAUCUGAUUUUUGCAAUAUUUUUAUGAUAACAUCUGUACUUCCACUAACAAAUUUUAUAUUUCUCUUUAAUAAAAUUUUUCACUUCAUUGAUUGAUUGGUUGAUAAGAUUUUGGACAAUGUGGGUUAUUAAUAAUCUACUGUAUUUGUUAUUAUUUUAACUUCCAAAAAUCUAAUGAUACACCGAAAAAUUUUCCAUUUAUUAUUUUUUUUAAAAAUUGUGUAUUCAAAUUUUAUGAAUCUUAGCGUAAUUGUAGUCUUAACAUGUUGUUUCUAGCUCUUGUUAGUAAGAGGCUUGUUCGUUAGUAUGCAUGUUUUUUAAAUAAGUUGAGCUUUCUCUGUGUUUGCAAGAUAAAUUUUUUUAAUACAUGAAUCAGUAUUAGUUGAACUAAAACUUUGUGUAGAUAUAUUGUAAAAAGAUAUGUUGUAUUUUCACACCCUUAUUAUUAUUUUUUACUUUUUCCAUUUACCAGAAACUAACUUUCUGCUAGUUUUAUUGAUAUUGUGGGAGGUUUUAUUGCUGAUUUGCAGUAUGUGAUAUCUAUGUUUGUUGUAAAUCUCCAUGUAUUAUAUUAAAUUAUUUAUAAAAAAAGGUUUUAAGAAUGAUUCUGUAAAAGUUUGGGGUAGCAUUUUUAGUAUUAUUUGAAUAAAUAUUUCUUAAUGUUUUCUUGUACAAUUUUCAGUGUAUUGCAUGAGUUUGAAAAUUUCUUUAAGUGAAUCA